UUGAAGUCAUUCGUAUAUCUGAAUCUUGGACCAAAAGUCUCACGAGCAACCAUGGAAGCCUUCGAGUAUCGACCAAAUCCUGCACACAUCAUCUUCGGCAGUGGCUCUGUAGCCAAAACUGGACAUCAAUUGAAACAACACGGACUUUCAAAGCCACUCAUUCUAUCGACCCCCGAGCAAGUCAGUCAAGCGGAGGCGCUGAGCGCCACCCUGACCGAAGAUGUGAAGGUGGUUGGCAUUUUCUCCGAAGCUACGAUGCACACGCCACUCCACAUCACGGAAAAAGCAUUACAGUAUGCUCAGGAGAGAGAGCCAGAUUGCUUGAUCUCGAUCGGAGGCGGAAGCACCAUCGGCUUGGGAAAAGCAGUGUCUGUCAGGAAUGGUCUUUUCCACAUCGUCAUCCCGACAACAUAUGCGGGUAGCGAGGUGACUCCCGUAGUGGGAGAAACCGUUGAUGGGAAGAAAACCACUCGUUCGGACCCCAAGAUUCUUCCAAGCUUGGUCAUCUACGAUAUCGACUUGACUAUGACGUUGCCAGUUGGUAUGUCAGUUACAAGCGGUAUCAAUGCAAUUGCGCAUGCAGCAGAGGCCCUGUAUGCACAGAGUGGGAACCCGAUCACAAAUUUGUUCGCACAGGAGGGAAUAAGAGCGUUGGCACGAUCGCUACCGGAGCUUCUUCAUGAUAAAUCAUCAGUUUCAGCACGCUCCGAUGCUCAAUAUGGCGCAUGGCUAUGUGGCACCUGCCUGGGCAGUGUCGGCAUGUCUCUGCAUCACAAACUUUGCCACACUCUGGGCGGCAGCUUUAAUCUUCCUCACUCGGAAACACAUACCAUCGUUCUCCCUCAUGCACUGGCCUACAAUGCGCCUAAAGUUCCAGGCGCAAUGAAGAUGCUCGCAGACGCUUUACCCGAGAGCAACGGGGACGCGAUAGUGGGAUUGAACAAGCUGCUGGCUAAGACCAAUGCUCCAAGAAGUUUGAAAGCGUUUGGUAUGAAGGAAAGCGACAUCGACAAGGCUGCAGAUAUCGCGGUGGGUAAUGCUUAUUGGAAUCCCAGAGCUAUCGAGAGAGACCUAAUCAGGGAGGUCAUUAGGAGGGCGUGGGCAGGAGAGGAUGCUAGGAUAGAUCUAUAG